AUGGAGAACGUGCCGCUCGCGCAGCGCCUCAAGGGCCUCAUACCCGGCGUCGAGGAGCUUGCGGCACGGUGCCAGGAACCACAGGCGAAGCACGAAGGGCUGUGGUGCAACAACUCCAGCGGCGUCAUGACCAUCGCACGGCGCGAGGAGGCCAACGUCCCGGGGGGACUGUACCACGUGUGGCGGAACUCCGCCCGGGUUGUCAAGACCACCGUGGGGUCCUGGGCGUCCACCGCGAGCGACGGACGCAAGGCGGCGUACCUCUUCGUCGACGUCCUGAAGCGCGACCUCUCGAUGCUGCGGCACCCUGCGCUGGCGGCGGUCGGCAGCUCGACGGCACCGGGGGGCGACGUUGACGCGUCCAGCAGCAGCAAAUCGUCCGGGUCCGUCGCGGGAUCGUUCGAUCUCGUGUCACCCACAGGCGUGCUGGACGAAGCGGCGAGCUUGGAGAUUCUGGACGCGAUGCGGGACUGCGAGGUCUUCGUGGAACUGCUCGGGGACAGCGGGUGGCGCGGCGUAGAGCGCGUGUCGCUCCAGUGCGUGCCGUCGUCUCUGCUGCUCACGCCGUGUCUGGUCGAGACCGACAUCUUCGUCGUGCAGGUCGUGGGCAGGAUGCGCGCGACGCUCGUCCCGCCCGCGCACGUCCUCGACCUGUACUUGUACCCGCUGAGACACCCCUACCACGGGUCCUCGAUGGUCGACUGGCGGCAUCCGGACUUCUUCCAGUGGCCGCGCUCGCAGCACGUACGAGGCAUGUCUACUGUGCUGGAGCCUGGUCGGACGCUCUUCGUGCCACGUUCAUGGUACGUGUGUUACGAAACGUUCGCCGCCGACAGCCCCUCCGUGGCCGUGCACAUCAGGCCCAGGGGCGCCGCGGCGCGUCACACCGGCGCCAUGCAAGAUCAACCCGAGCUGGGCGCGCCCGUCAAGGACAGCCGCGUCGCGGAGCUCCUGCACCGCGUGGAGCGCUGGGCGACGGCGCAGGCGUCCCACGAGCGAAGCGCUCGAGAAUUCACGCAGGUUGGCGUGUCAAAGGCCGCGGAGAUUCUCCCGCAGCUCGCCUCGGAGUACUCCCGCCCGCAGCGGAGCUCGCCGCCGCUCACGCCGUCCGCGUCCGACUCGGCGUCGAACUUGAGCGCCGACCACCACGAGCAGCUGUUCGACUGUCUGACGUGGGCGCUGGACGAAGCGGGCUGGGACCGUACGCUCCCGGACAUCGCUGUCGACAUCGCAACCAAACAACUCGCGUCGGGAAACUGGACGGGGUCCCCGUACAGGGGCGGGGGCUCGGACGCGAGGAGGGAGCGAUGA